CUUAUCCGGGCUAUCCGCUAUAAACUAUAAAACAGCCUGAUUCGUUUCUUGGAGGUCAAAGUUACCUCACAGUGUUGUCAAUGGAUGAGGUGGUCAAGCUGAACGUCGGAGGAGAAAAGUUUGCUACCUCGAAGCAGACACUACGUAGUGUUCCCGACACGUUCUUUACAAGCUUAUUCAGCGGCCGAAUACCGAUACUGAGAGAUAGCGACGGCUCGAUAUUUAUUGACCGUGACCCAAAGCUGUUUCACGUUAUCCUAAAUUUUCUGAGGACAAAAGAGCUCAAUAUAAGAGAUGUUGAUUGGAGGUUACUGAGGCUUGAGGCUGAAUUUUACGGCAUCCAACCUCUAGUGAAGAGAUUGCAGUUGUGCGAAGACCAAGGAAAGUCCUCGUGUGGUGACUUACUGUUUCACGGCUACUUACAGCCUCCUUCAGACUCAAUUUUAUUUGGUGACGGGGAACAUACGGGGGCAGGUGCAAAGCAAGUUCUUAGCAUUGUUGGACAUCAAAAUUGGCUUGCGGUUGCAUACUGUCGCUGUGUCUGUUGCUACAAUGUAAAGGAAUUUGUUGGUUGGAAGUUGGCGUUUAUAUCUCCUCUGCUGGAGGAGGUGCCGGAGAGACUGGCUUUGAACGCGAAAGUUAUUGGUAGUAAUCGUGUUGACCCAGUGGUAGCUGUGGUAACUGGAGCAAAGAUUCGGCUGUGGAGUUGUUUACCCAGUUCUCAAACACAGAUCACUUCCUUUGAUAUGGGAAUCGUAGUGGACGCACUCUUCUUCAUUGGUAGCCAGCUAGUUGCCAUCAGCCGAACAGGGAAGGUUGUCGUGUGGCAUGCUAUGACUCAACACUGGCAGGAGCAAAGUUUGAAUCCAAUCACAAGCUAUGACUCUGCUGGCUCGUUUCUUUUGCUCGGUUGUGCAAACGGAUGUAUUUAUUAUAUCGAUAUGGAGAAAUUUCCACUUCGUUUGAAAGACAAUGAACUACUAGUGAAUCAACUGUAUGAGGAUCCUGAUAAUGAAGCAGUUACGGCUCUCAGUGUUUACCUCACACCCAACAUCUGUUCCAGUGGUAAUUGGAUUGAAAUAGCUUAUGGGACCAGCGGUGGGUGUGUGCGUAUUAUCGUUCAACAUCCUGAAACUGUUAGACAGGGCCCACAACUCUUCCAGACGUUUACCGUUCAUCGCAGUUCAAUAGUCAAAGUGAAACUUAGCGAAAAGCACCUCGUUUCUGUCUGUUCGGAGUUGAACCACGUUCGUUCUUGGUCGAUUACUCGUUUUCGUGGUCGUAUUUCUACUCAGCCGGGUUCGACGCCGAUAGCUUCGUAUCAGAUCAUUGCUCUAGAGGAUGCCGACUCUGGAUCACAGACGUACAGCAACAACUUAGGCCCGUUUGGUCAUGGAGAUGAGGAGCAAGUGUUUGUUCAACGUGUAGUGCCUGAGAGUGACAGACUGUAUGUUCGUCAGGCAUCCAGUGGCCACAGGAUUUGUGUUAUUCAGUCGGUGGAUGGAAGUAAUGUUUGCGCUUAUUGUGUGCAUGAGUGUGACUCGGCUAACCGAAUGGGGGCUCGUUCGCGUCAGUUUGUAAUUGCUGGUCACUCGAAUGGAAGCAUUCAGAUGUGGGAUCUCAGCACAGCAAUGGAACUACACCACAAGAAAGGCGAGGACUAUUGCCACACAGGUGGUCCUAAUCAAGAAGAACUACUGAAAUUGAUGUCACAUUGUGACUUGAGCAUGUCGCGCAUCUCGAGCACAGCACCAUCGAGAGCUGCUUCCGAACGCUCUCUCGUGACUCUGAUGAACUACAUGCCUCAAACAUACAUCAGCAGUCUUCGUCGAACCGAAAGCGUGAACAGCCAGUUGAGCCAAGCUAGUGGGCAUUCACCACUGAUUGGCAGUGGAACUGGUAGGACGAGGAGGCAGGAGGCAGCUCGACAGGUAGCAGCACGAUUCGCAGCUUCUUCAUCUCUACAAGAAGGCAGUAGUAGAGCCACAAACAGACGAAGUCUUCCCACUCACUUUGACAUGAUUGUGAGUACGAGUGCAGUCGAGAGAAGACAAGACGUCGACACAGAAGUAGUCAGGUAUGCUCCUCAGACAUCAGAGACGUCGCAGAGCAGUACUAAUGAUGGUGCUGAAGAGACUGAGCAAUCAGCAGUGUAACGUGAUUAUUGGUCACUGAGUUAGUGCAU